UUUAUUAAAGAAUGAAAAAUUGUAACUGAUAACGCGGAUGUGUGAAAAAGUGUGUAAGCAAAAAUAUCAAUAGCAACAUUGUGUAGAUACAACCAAACACAUACACACACAAACCGAUGUAUUGUGUAAAUAUGUAAUUAAAAGAACGCAGUUGCUCUCUACGGGAUGAGUUUUUGUGCUCGUUAGGGGCUGCGUUAAGGGCCUGCUUACGUCGGUCACUGUUUUCAGUAUUACUACCCUCAUUCAACCGAUGGAUCAGAAUGCAAUAAAAAUCACUAAGUUGCAUUACAGAAACAGCCUUCUAGCUUCAAUAGCAGCGACAAAGUCUGAUUUGCUCGAGCUAAGUGCUGGAACAGUAUUUUAAAUUUUGCGGUAAACAAUGAUGAUCCCGAAGAUAAUGUUCCGUUGGCGGUUUUAAAAGAAAAAUGGGAAGCUGAACUUCGCACCUUGAUGGGCGACACCGUCGAUCUCCUUAGUAGUUUAAAUCCUGAGAUUGAGUUCACGUUACCAGCCAUUCAUGAAUGGAACGAAGAUACAGAGGAGGGCAAUGCAGACGCCGAUCAUCAACAAAAGGGCGAAUCCGAUGAUGAUACCGUAUCAGAGCAACUGGAGAAAAUUAAGCCGACUGAAGCAGAUGAAAUUUUCAACAAGGCGUUAAUAUGGGCUGAUCAUGAAGACGUCGAUCAAAAUGAUAAGAGUGUGCUAAGACGGUUAAGGGAGAAAGCUGUGCUUCAAGUUUUAGAAAAACAGAAGAUACAAGCAAAGAUUACUGAUGUUUUUUAAAUAAUUUCAUAC